AUGACGAACUUCCUAACGAAACCAGUGAAGUUUUUAACUGAACUAACUCUGACUGAACCCGAAGUGGAGACUAUACUUAAUUCCCUCGAUACCAACAAAGCCACUGGACCGGAUGAAAUUCCAGCCAGACUCCUCAAAAAUACAGCUGCUAUAGUUGCUCCCUCUCUAUGUAAGCUAUUCAACAAAUCCCUACAACAUGGAAUAGUACCUCGUGACUGGAAAAUAGCAAACGUCGUCCCUGCGUAUAAGAAAAAUAACAGAGAGCAUGCGGAGAAUUAUAGACCAAUCUCCUUUCUACCCAUCGUUUCUAAAGUUUUAGAACGUUGUAUUUUUAUAAACGUCAAGCAAUUUCUGUCCCAACUCGUUAACGAUUGCCAGCACGGUUUUCUUCAAGGUAAAUCGUGCGUGACUAACUUGUUGGAAGUGCUGGAUUACAUCGGUACGUGUCUAGAUAACGGCGGGCAAGUAGAUAUGUUGUACCUUGAUAUGUCGAAAGCUUUUGACCGAAUCAACCACAAAAGAUUGAUACGCAAGCUAUCCAAUUCUGAUAUCGGCAGUAAUCUACUGAACUGGUUCGAGUCAUAUUUGACAGAUCGUCGUCAACGCGUGACUGUACUCGGCGUAACCUCAAGCACCCUUCCUGUGACCUCAGGCGUUCCACAAGGUUCAAUUCUUGGUCCUGCACUCUUCCUGUUAUAUGUGAAUGAUCUACCCGAAGCAGACUUGUACUCUCGAGUUGCAAUGUUUGCCGAUGACACUAAGCUAUUCUCGGCAGUUACAUCUCAGGACGAU